AUGGAGCUGCAUGAAGGAGCCGCACACGUACAUGGUGAGGGUGUUUUAGACCUGUCGCGUCUGAAUUUGAACAGUUUGAGCUUGGUCAACAUCAGCGAGGAGCGAAAGAGGGGCACCAAGCAGUUGUAUCUCAACUUCAACCGACUGCCCUCGCUGCCCGGAUCGGUUUGCAUGUUCUCCAACCUCGAGUUUCUUGACAUUAGCAACAACGGACUAUCGGUCAUCUGUGAAGGCAUUACCCGGUUAACGAAGCUCAGAACACUAAUAGCCAAGAACAACCGUCUGGACGAAUUCUCGCUUCCCAAGGAAUUCGGGUCUUUGCCGUUGGAGGUGUUGAAUCUAAGUGGCAAUAGAUUUGAGGAGAUGCCAGCGCAGUUCCUGAAGUUGCAGCGGCUACAAUCACUUUCCGUGGGGGGAAACAGACUCCAAAGUAUUCCUGCAGAAAUUGAGAAUUUAACCAGGUAUGUAGACUACAUAACGGUGUCCGCGGCCUCACCAGCUGCUACCGCACUAGCUUGUUGCAGUCACCAGUGAUUACAUCACAACCUUAAACAUAAUUUGCAACAAACGGCCUGUCACAAUGACCAGUUUAGGCCUACUGUAGUCAGGUUCCUGGGCAAAAAGAGAGUUCAGCCAAUCGUGUUUAACUGCAGGCCGCAAUUCUGGUUGUUCCAGCAUGUGGGCAUUCCUGCAAUAAAAAUUGACCAAUAGAAGUAUAAAGAGUGGUUCCUGCAGAUGCAGGAAUGCCCACAUGCAGGAACGCCCCGAAUUGCAGGCCGCAAUUGCACCCUUCUUAGUUCAACGGGUACAGGAUAGUUCAACUGCCAAUGCUGUGGGUUUGGGUUGUAAAGGCUGAACUGAUGCCAUUACAUCAGUGACUUGUCAGAGGCAGAGAUGAGGGAGAGGCAGAGAUGAGGGAGCAAGCUAUACUAUGCUGUCUUGUAGCCUACUGCCAUGGUAGCUUGCCUUUACAAACAGAAUGCACUUAUUUGAUUGCCAGGACUAUGGUUAAAUGGAUUUCAUCAGAUCCUCACUCCCUCAGCCUAAACUAAAGCAGACUUUAUAUCCCAACCUAACCUGUAUGUUUUUCAGGAAAUGAAAACUUUAUAGUAUCACAACAUCCAGCCAAUUACAUUUACCAGCCAAUCAGGCCUUUAGCAACCCUGACAGGUGUGUGAGAUAUCCAGGAAUCUUAUCUGUUCUUGGGCAGGGGCAUGACAGACUGCCAUUGCCACACUCACAAAGUUACUCAGAGCAGGAAAUAUGUGGUUCAUAUUGUGGUGUACACGUAAACAACCUCUGGGGUGACUAACUAGUAUUCAUAAAUAAAACACACACACUCCCUUGCACAUAGUCAAGUCACACACACACACGCACUCACGCACACACAUACACACAUGAUCACAUACAGAAAUUCAAGCAUCUUGUGGUCAAUAUGUGAAUGAUGCCACGUUUGUAUAAAGUGCAGGGGCAGUGUGUUCCAAGGGUAGUAAAAAACAAGGUCAUCUGGAAAAAGUGGUAGGUUAAUAUCAACGAUAUUAGAUAUCAGUGAGAACAGUUUAGGAUCCUCCUCAGAGGUUCCUCAGAGGAGGAGGGGGGGACCAUCUUCCUCAGUGAAUUUAUAAAAAAUAGUGAAACAUUAAAGUUUUCCAUUUUAGAUAAAACUCUACUAAAUAUAUUCACGUCACCAAAUAAUUUAUUAAAACACGCUGUUUUGCAAUGAAGGUCUACAGUAGCCUCCGCAGCACUCUGUAGGGUAGCUCCGUGGUGUAGCCGGAGGACAGCUAGCUUCAGUCCUCUGGGUACAUUGACUUAAAUUCAAAACCUAGGAGGCUCAUGGUUCUCACCCCCUUCCAUAGACUUACACAGUAAUUAUGACAACUUCUGGAGGGCAUCCUCCAACCUAUCAGAGCUCUUGCACCAUGAAUUGACAUGUUGUCCACCCAAUCAAAGGAUCUGAUAAUGAAUCUAGUACUAAAAGCAUAAGCUACAGCUAGCUGGCACUGCAGUGCAUGAAAUGUGGUGAGUAGUUGACUCAAAGAAAGAAAGACAAUAGUUGAACAAAUACUUUUUGACUGAGGUGACAACGAUGUAGGCUGUGUGUAGCGGUUAGUGGUCAUGAUAUGAAGGUUUGGCUUGAAAGGGUUUUUCGCCUGGUCACAGACAGCUAAUGUGUUAUUCACUGAAUUCCACAAGCGAAGGGAAAAGGUGUGAGACGGAGAGCGUGUAGAUAGUUGCAAGAAGGAAUUAUAUGUACAACGAGCAAAGUGAUCAUGCUGUUUUUAUGUGGCUGCUAUGAAAGUGAACUGUGUUUGCGUGUGAUCAGGGGUGUAUUCAUUCUGCCGAUUCUGUUGAAAAACGUUCCUUAAAUGGAACAAAUUUAACAAAACGGGGAUAAACAUACAUUAAUUGGUCCAAUAGAAACUCUCAUUUUCAACUGUUGGACUAAUGAUUACACCCUAGAUCAGCUAGAUGCAGGCAAGAGUGUGCAAGGCAGUAUUGAAUGUGUCACUGUCACCUUGAUUACUAAAAAUUCGCUCGAUGUGUGCACCUACGUUGUAAACUUUCAUUCAUAGGCUAAGUUGUAGCAACCUCAUGAUGGGUAUAGGGAAAAUUUGAGUGCCAUGUAGUAGCCUAAACCUAUGGAUGUUACAUUGAGCUGGGUGAAUGGAAUAUGAAUGGCUGUCAUCUAAUAUACUGCAAUAGAAAAACUGUAAGGCCAUGCUCAUAAAAAAUAAAAAUAAUAAUCAUCCUCCAUCAUCUUAAACGGCACCGACCGCCACUGAUCUGACUAUAUAGCCAGUUAACAUCAUAAAAGAGAAAACAAAUCAUAAAGUCUCAGAGAUCAGUGGGUGCAACCAGGAUGUGGGACAUGUCAUGCAGUUAAACAGUAGCCCAUUUAUAGGCUUACAAAAGAUAAGUGUGUAAAUACUUUGACUUCAGCUGGAAUAUACCCACAUUGGCUUUAAUAGGUGUCGUUCCACCCAUUCGGUGCCUUUUGAGAUGUGUAACUUGGUGGGGGGAAAAAACAAUGUUUAAUUUCACUAAAUUUUAACAGGCUCUCAUAUUCCAAAUUAAGUAACAUGGUCGAUUGUAACAGGGUUGACGAUUUCAUCUUCAAUCAGCCAUGAAUCCCCUUGUGAAAGGGGUAAUGGAAGCUUGUUGUGUGCAACAAGAGGGGAAAUGUAAUGCAAGCUUCACAAAAAACAAAUAUAUAUAUUUCUAUGGGUAACAGGGUUGACGUGUUAUGCUCGACCCACUAAGUUUUCCACCACAAAACAGCAAACAAGAGUAGAACCAGCUCACCUGCUUUUACACUGAUUUGAGUGUUAGAUGUUCAAUGUUUCUUUUGGAGAAAAAAAUAAUUAAAAGGUAAUAGUUUCACCAUAUUUUGUUGCAUUUUUAUAUUUUUUCAAUUUGACUUACCUCAAAUUGAAUCACUAAUCAUAUGAAAUAAAUAAUCUUCAGAAAUGACUUUUCCAUGUUAAGAGUGACACUGAGACUCAGGUUUUUCACUUUAAAAUGUAUUUCAAACAAAAACCGAUGAUUGCAAAGGUAAACAAACCAUAUAACUCUAUGCACAAUGACUACUUUCAACAAUUUCCACAAACAUUUUACAAAAAAGGAUUUACUUGAAGAACAGUGCAGAUGCAAAGUUUGGUAACAGAAUUACGGUUUGCGUUGUUUGUGCCGUCAUUCUGUUACCAAACUUUGCAUCUGCACUGUUCUUCAACAACAUAACUAGGGCUUGAUGCUGAAAACUUUGUGAAUUUUUGGGGUCAAGUGGGUUAAAAUCCUCCUGGAAGUCACAGAGGGUACACAGAGGGACAUGUCAAAAGGCUGAAUUUUGGCUUUAGCAAGUCUUUAUUCAUAUUAAAAUUUUGAUUUAUUGAAUUCUCCAUGUGGCCUAUAUUAAAGGGCACUUCGUUGAAUAUAACAGGUUUUUAAUAUUCAAUAUUGGUGCACAAUGUCUACUUUAAAAUAUCAAAAGGCACUCAUUUAGUUGAACGACCCAGUUACAGUCGCCAACACUAACCCUGUUGGCUGACUGUCAUCAACUGAUUUGAUCAUUGCUUUUUAGUGAUGUUACUAUAGCUAGUCAGGAUUGGUCUUUACCAUCUUUGGCAACAAGUUUUGUUACAUGUCUUAUUCAAGGGUAAGAAUAGAAGAAUAAGCCUAACAUGCGUUUAAAAAAAAUUAUGCACACAUGACUAAGUCGCUUUGGAUAAAAGCGUCUGCUAAAUGGCAAGAGAAAGUAUUCAGAAAGUAUUCACACCCCUUGACUUAUUCCACAUUUGGUUUUGUUACAGCCUGAAUUCAAAAUGGAUUAAAUGGAUUUUAUUUUUCCAUCUACACACAAUACCCCAUAAUGACAGUGAAAACAUGUUUUUAGACAUUGUUGCAAAUUUAUUGAAAAUAAAAUAUAUCAUUUCCAUAAGUAUUCACACCCCUGAGUCAGUACAUGUUAGAAUCACCUUUGGCAGCGAUUACAGCUGUGAGUCUUUCUGGGUAAGUCUCUAAGUACUUUCCACACCUGGAUUCUGCCCAUUUGCCCAUUUAUUCUUUUCAACAUACUUCAAGCUCUGUCAAAUUGGUUGUUGAUCAUUGCUAGACAACCAUUUUCAGGUCUUGCCAUAGAUUUUCAAGUAGAUUUAAGUCAAAACUGUAACUCGGCUACUCAGGAACAGCGUCUUCUUGGUAAGCAACUCCAGUGUAGAUUUGGCCUUGUGUUUUUGUUUUAGGUUAUUGUCCUACUGAAAGGUGAAUUCCUCUUCCAGUGUCUGGUGGAAAGCAGACUGAACCAGAUUUACCUCUAGGAUUUGCCUGUGUUUAGCUCCAUUCUGUUUAUUUUUUUUAUCCUAAACUCCCCAGUCCUUAACGAUUACAAGCAUACCCAUAACAUGAUGCAGCCACCCCUAUGCUUGAAAAUAUGGAGAGUGGUACUCAGUAAUGUGUUGUAUUGGAUUUGCCCCAAAUAUAACACUUUGUAUUCAGGACAAAAAUGUAAUUGCUUUGCUACAUUCUUUGCAGUAUUACAUUAGUGCCUUGAUGCAUGUUUUGGAAUAUUUUUAUUCUGUACCGGCUUCCUUCUUUUCCUCUGUCAAUUAGGUUAGUAUUGUAGUAACUACAAUGUUGUUGAUCCAUCCUCAGUUUUCUCCUAUCACAGCCAUGCUCAAAAGGGAUAUUCAGUAUCUGCUUUUUUAGUUUUUACCCAUCUACCAAUAGGUGCCCUUCUUUGCGAGGCAUUGGAAAACCUCCCUGGUGUUUGUGGUUGAAUCUGUAUUUGAAAUUCACUGCUCGAUUGAGGGACCUUACAGAUAAUUGUAUUUACGGGGUACAAAAAUCAUGUUCAACACUAUUAUUGUGCACAGAGUCCAUGCAACUUAUUAUGUGACUUGUUAAGCACAUUUUUACUCCUGAACUUGAAUUUAUGGUUGCCAUAACAAAAGGGUUGAAUACUUAUUGACUCAAGACAUUUCAGCUUUUCAUUUUGUAUUCAUUUGUAAACAUUCCGAAUAAAUAAAAAAAUCCACUUUGACAAUAUGGGUUAGUGUGUAGGCCAGUGACGACAACAACAAAUCUAAAUGUAAUAAAAAUUAAAGGGGUGUGAAUACUUUCUGAAGGCACUGUAUGUCAUUUCCUGUCACAGGAACAAGUAUGUCAGUACAAAACGGUCUCUAUGUAGUUUUUACCAUUGUUAAGUAUGUUUCACAAGAACAUACCGGUAGUUAGUUUAGUUACCAAUAAUAUGGUAUAUGGCCUAUAAUGUAAGUAUGGGCCAAUAUUUACCUCUGCCUUAUUGUACCGACAUUACUGGCAUCACUAUGACACCUUCCCCACUCAGUGUGACAUGUAGGGACAGUUUGUUCCUUUGGCCUUAUUGUCAUGUGGUAGUUGGGUAGUACCAGGGUAUGGUGCAAUAACCCAAAGCCAGAGUAACAUUCAAAGAUAGGCCUACAGUCACGCACUGUGUCUUGUAAACAUAUUAACCAACACAAACUACAUGUAAAGAGACAGCAUCUCACUGAAAACUUCAGAGCAGCUGAACAUACACACUGUCUCAUAUCUAUAGUAAUGAAUGAUGGAGGUUGUAUGGGACUAGGGCUGUGUGCCCGUGUGUGUGUGUGAGUGGGGUAACUGUAGAGUGAGGUGUUGAGAUGUUCCUGAAUGGCUUCUUUAGACCCUCUGUCCCUGAGGGGCUGGCUCAGGGCUCAGGCCCCAAGUACACAUAAUGGCCUCUCCCAGUCGCUGCUGUGUCAUCAGUUCCACAGGCAGACCAGACCAUGGGGCAGAUGGGCUGACUGCUCACUUUCAGUGUCAGGCCAUUACAUAUCCCUUUCACUCCCUGUCUCUCUGUCCCUGCUGCUCCCUCUGUUCUUCUCUCUUUCUCUCUAUUUCCCCAGUGUUCAGCUGUCUUUUCACUUUUUCAUCUGUUCAGAGGGAUUGGGAGAAAGCAGAACACUUGUGAAUGUGUACAUUACCAUUGGAGAUUUGUGGACUUUGAACCAAUAGUCAUCUGUUUCUCUCUGUCAGUCAUCUGUUGUAUACUGAACAAACAUAUAAAUGCAACAUGUAAAGUGUUGGUCCAAUGUUUCAUGAGCUGAAAUAAAGUAUCCCAGAAAUGUUCUAUACGCAUAAAAAGCUUAUUUCUCUAAAAUGUUGUGCACAAACUAUCCCUGUUAGUGAGAAUUUCUCAUUUGCAAAGAUAAUCCAUCCACCUGACAGGUGUGGUAUAUCAAGAAGCUGAUUUAAACAGCAUGAUCAUUACACAGGUGCACCUUGUGCUGGGGACAAUAAAAGGCCACUCUAAAAUGUGCAGUUUUGUCACACAACACAAUGCCACAGAUGUCUCAAUAUUUGAGGGAGCGUGCAAUUGACAUGCUGACUGCAGGAAUGUCCACCAGAGCUGUUGCCAGAGAAUGUAAUGUUCAUUUCUCUACCAUAAGCCACCUCAACAGCGUGUUCCAGUUCCCGCCAAUAUCCAGCAACUUCGCACAGCCAUUGAAGAGGAGUGAGACAACAUUCCACAGGCCAUAAUCAACAGUCUGAUCAAGGAUAUGUGUCGCACUGCAUGAGGCAAAUGGUGGUCACACCAGAUAAUUACUGAUUUUCUGAUCCACUCCCCUACCUUUUUUUCUUUAAGGUAUCUGUGACCAACAGAUGCAUAUCUGUAUUCCCAGUUGUGUGAAAACCAUAGAUUAGGGCCUAAUUAAUUAAUAUCAAUUGACUGAUUUCCUUAUAUGAACUGUAUCUUAGUAAAAUCUUUGAAAUUGUUGCAUUUUUAUAUUUUUGUUCAGUUUAUAUGACUACCCCACAUUGCUGUCUGCUGCUUAGGACUGUGUAUUUAGCCUACACUGCAUUUGAUUGCACUAAACCUAAACUUCAAGCUGAAAACAUUUUUGGGACUCUCUAGUAAUGCCUCUACCUCUGGCGGCCCCUACACAAAGUCAGAGUAAACACACACACACACACACAGGCAGGUAGGCUAAAGAUAGAAAUUCCAGCACCUCUCUGUGGUAUGUGUAUAGUGUGUGUCUCCUCUUUGAGACGGUUGGUUUAGCAGUUCCACUGCUCCAGCCCAUACCUCAUAGUCACAAAUACACACACACAUGUUAUACUCCUUUACUAUGGACCCGGCCGCUCAAUCUUUGAUGCCUUUCACCCACUCUGGUAAUGCAUUGCUGUCACAUACAGCAUCUAUGUCAACAUGUGGGAACCCCAUUGUGGUACUGAUGUGUCAAAACAUGUGUGCACUUGGAACUGUCCAGUAUACAAUAUGUUAUGGUGUUUUUAAAGUCCUAAACACCUUCAGGCAUGCUUUACUUGUUGGUGUAAUGUUAAUUACCACUCGAUAUGAUGUAAACAUAUUAAACCUCUAUCUCUGUCUCUCUCUCUCUCUGUCAGUCUUGAGAUGCUGUAUUUGGGUGGUAACCUGAUCACCUCUAUUCCUCCUGAGCUGGCCAACCUGCCCUACCUCAGCUAUUUGGUCCUGUGUGACAACCGCAUACAGGGUGUACCCCCGCAGCUCACCAGGUAACCACAACAUAACCAUAACACAGCCUCAACCCCAUCUAGAGCAUACUGCCACAGCUCACAAGGUAAACACAACACACCCAUAAUAUAACCACAGGAACCUGCAAGUAAGCAUUUCAUUAGACAAUGUAUACCAUGCGUAUCCCGUACAUACUAAUACAACUCAACAACAACAAAAUAAUAAUACUACUACAAGACAGUCAUAACCCAACCAUAUUCAAGGUGCACCAGUACUAUAGCUCAACUGGUUACUACAACACAUCCAUAGUGGACUACUACAACUUAACCAUAAACUAACCACGGUCUAGAUUUCUGUUCAUAAUACUCACAACGAUAACCAUGACCUUGCCAAUCUCUCUCCCCCCCCAGGCUCCACUCCCUGCGCUCCCUGAGUCUCCAUAACAACCUGCUGACCUACCUGCCCCGGGAGAUCCUCAGCCUGGUGCGCCUGCAGGAGCUCAGUCUCCGCGGCAACCCCCUGGUGGUGCGCUUCGUCAAGGAGAUGACCUAUGACCCGCCGUCGCUGCUGGAGCUGGCAGGUCGUACCAUCAAGAGCCGGAAUGUUCCAUACUCGUCCUGCGACAUGCCCUCUCACCUGCUGCACUACCUAGACCUGGCCAGCAAGUGUCCCAAUCCUAAGUGUGCCGGUACGUCUACUACACAUUAGUUUCUCAUUGGACUGUGUCUGUAUUUCUGUCCCUGUCUUUUUCUGCUUGUCUGUAUAUAAUUGUUUAUGUAUAAGUAUGUGUCGAUUUAUUUCAGUGUGCUUAUUCUAUGUCUGUUUCUCUGCUCUCUCUCCCCAGGCGUGUACUUUGACUCGUGCGUGCGCCACAUCAAGUUUGUGGACUUCUGUGGGAAGUACCGGCUGCCCCUCAUGCACUACCUGUGCUCCCCAGAAUGCACCUCACCCUGCAGCUCCAACCCCCAGAGCGAUGCCGAGUCAGAGGAUGAGAUCAGCGUGCCCGCCUACCGCCUGCAGAGGGUGCUGCUGGGAUAG